AUGGUCAAGAGAGCAGCAGAGAAGAUUGGCGCAGGCUCGCGCAUGUUGCGCGAUGAGCUCUACCCAGUCAAGAUCAACAAGGUUAAGAGAACAGCAGUGUUAGACGAGAAGGAUAAGAUCAGAGCGGGAGCAGCAGAAGCCUCUAGAGGAGAGAAUAGAACGACAGUCGCUAAGAUUGCGUGGCUUAGCAAGAGAGACGUCCCCAAGGCGUACGAAUCUAUAGUGGUGUAUGUGACCAAGAAAAGUGACGCAACCAGGCUCCGUUCUGUAGAGCAGCCGGGUUGGUUAUAA